GCAGCUUUCCGCGCGGAGCACGAGCCAGUUCCAGCACAGACUUCCUCCUUGCAGGGCCCGAGCCAUACCCAUGUAUCCAUUUCCAAUGAUUACGACCUCGCCGCCCUACGGAAGGAGUUCUCGUCCUCAUCGCAGAGUCAUAGCAGCAUCAGCGCGAGCGAUGAUGAGCGGUGGCUUCUGUAUUGUAAGACCGCUUUGAUGCUACAAAGGGGAGACUUCAAAUCCUUAAGCCAUGCAGAGCAGGAGUGUGCAGAAUUGAAGGUGUCACGUCAAAAGCUCUCACGGAUCAUGCAGCUCUUGAAGCAGCAAGGCACCUUGCCCUGUGAAUGCCCUCGGCAGUUUAAGAUGGGACAGGGCGCGAAAUCAUUGACACUCCAGGAAAAGGAAGAUUUGUUGGAGAUGAUUCGCUUCCACUCACAGUGCGGACUGGCCUUAUCAAUCAGGGAUUUGGAAAGGGCCAUAAUGUGCUUCCGGAUGGCCGGAGUCGGAGUUCUCAAUGUGCACUGGGACAGCCCUGAGGAUCUCGCCCAGAAGGCCGAUGCCAUGCUGGCCCAACAUGCACCCAAGUCUUUGUGGAAGCACUUUCGUGAAUGGGUCCAGGCCCACAAGGGUAAAGAGGAUUGGAUGAAGGUCCGUCGUCUCAAGCAAAAACCCCUUCAACAGAUUACAGCCGUUACAGAGAAAGUCAUCGUGGAUUCCUUUGAUGAAAUCCAAGAGGCCUUGCUUCAAUCUGGUAUCGCCAAGGCUGACGGCGAUGUCGUGGUGAUACUGGAGUCCGAGAGCCACCGGCUGGCAGUCACUGACGAAAAAGGUGUGUCUCAGCGUUGCGAUGACGUUUCAUCGGGAGUCCUACCUGCCAACAUGGUCUCCAAGGCGAAAGCCGUCACGCCCAAUAUCGGCUGGACACACUUGACCAUGACGAGCUUCUUGCCGUUGAAAUGGGUUGAUGGUCAAGAGCCUUUGCCAGUUGGCGUCGUGGUUCCGUUUGCCAAGGUAAACCCCACGAUGUCCAAAGCGUGGCCAAGUGCGGUGAUACGAGCGAACCCCACUGGAUCGACCAACGCAUCUCUCUUCGCAGAGUUCGUCGAAAAGUGCUAUCUGAUUCCGAUGCGUCGGUUUGUGCCGCAAGACCUGGAGUUGAUGCUUAUUUUUGAUUCCGGUGGCGGCCAGUGGCUCCACAUAUCCAGCGAGUUGGUCAUACUGUUGCUCCGCUACAAGUGCAGAGCUUAUGUGAUGAAACCAUAUACGACAGGGGCUCUGUGUCCCCUAGACCAGGACUGUCACAAGACCUGGGCCAAGCUGUGGGCAGACACGAAGUCUUCUUGGGCUCGAAACAAACAGUGUCCCAUGAAUGUCUACCAAGCACUGGAAGCCAAUUCGCUCAUCGCCAAGGACGCCUUGAGUCCCGCUCGGGCACGAGCAUCCUGGCAUGCAUGCGGCUUCGACCCUGGCAUGCCGCUGCAGCGAGACAAGGUUCUGAUUGAGCGUCGCUCUGAGGUGAUCCAGUCGGUGCGCGGCAAUGCCAGUACGCUUUCCCCUCCGCAAAGCAAAAACCAGAAAGCAUUGGAUAUUGUUGCGACAAUCUCGCCGCCGAAAACCAAGUGCCAGGAGUGCAAUGCUGCUAUGACGGUGGUGCAGCGUCAUUGCGGCCAAUGUGGCGCACAAAAUGCAGUAUUCAAUGCCGAGCUUUACGAGAUUCAUCGGAAUGGCCACCGAAGUGGCUGGCAGCAAAAUGCAAAAUUUGUUGCCGAGGCUGAGAAUGAGCAGGAGGAGAGGGCCUCACGGGACGUGGGAGACUUGCUACAUUUUCUCCGUUGCAAACGGCGGUUGUUCACUGAGGAAGACAAUGUUGAGCCACCCUCCAAGGAGCAGAAGGUCACCAUGCCCGACAACAAGGCCGAGCCCCAAAGCAAGAACGCGAAGUCCCAGCCUAGCAGUUCUCAUCAACCUGAGGCGCCGGCCUUGCCUGCGAUGGAAGAUUCGGACAGCGAGUUCGACUUGAAUGACCCGUCGGACUGUUUGAAGUUUCUCGAGGAGGCCUUUCCGGCCCAUGAAGUGGCAAAGGCAGGCCUCUCUGUGCCAGCCUUUACAAAAAUCAUGCAAUAUUUCAUCCGUCAUCUGAGGGCGAGGAAGGGCUCUCUAGCGGCUUGGAUGCGGAAGGAAGUGAUCACACCAGCGAUACUCGACUCCAAGUCGAAGCGCGCCAGCUUUCUUGCUGCCUGGAGUAAACAACGAUCCACAGAGUUUGUGCCUAAGAAAAAGGCCAAGCAGAGCUGA